CAUUACUUAUUUAAACCCUCCUCUCGUUUUUCCUUCUGUGCCAGAUACUCUCCUCUCCUCCUCUUCUUCCGGUACAUCUCCUUGUCUCCUCAGAUGAUACUUAGAGGCGGAGAGGAUUAGCAGAUUUCCGGCCAGGUUUCAGCAUGAAAAUCAAUAAUGGAAUGAUAUAACAAACGGAAGAGGAACAUUAACUGGGAACCCGCCUCUGAAGUCAAGUUUAUGCCAGUGUUGAUUAAGGUGUCUUGAGUUACAUUUGGAGCCCAGCAUCCACAUAAAUGGCUAUGUUUGUACAUUAUCAUAAGCUGUUUGCUAAGGUAAUUGGAGACUGCUGCAGUUUUCAAGAACAAGUUUGGGAUCAAGAUUAUGUCAAUCAAAUAAUUGGUAUUCACAAAAAUAUUAUCACCAUGUGGAGGAAACUAUACCCCAGCUUUGUGGCUCUUGUUGUUGUCUCGUAGUUUUGUUGAUGUGGCUGGCUUAGCUGGAGAUUGACAGUUUGAAUCAAGGGGAGAAAUAAAGCAAAGUUGCAGAUGCCGAUUUUGCAUAUCAUGGUAGCAUUGUUUUUGAAGCUUAGAAAUGGUCCAUAUACCAGAAGUUAGAUAAUAAGAUAAGCAUUUAAACCAAAACAAUACAUCAGCUAUAUAUUGAUGGUAAAUGGAAGAAUAUUGAGCAGGGUACUGGCAAAUACCUUGACUUCAGAGGUUGGGUUCCCCAGUUGAUGUUCCUCUUUCGUUUUGCUAUAUCGGUCAAUUAUUGAUUUCAUGCUGGCAAGAGAAGAUUUAAAUACUAUUAGACAAACUCAUUUAACCCCAGGAAUCACCGUACAAGAUAAUUUCUAUCUAGUCCAUAAAUCUGCGGCUGGAUAGAACAAAUGAAGUGCAAAACCUAAAAGUAAGUCUUUUAGUCUGUUUGACCUAACUAAAAUGUUGUAGGAAGUGAUGUUUUUAAAAUACAGUUUCUACUAUGAGCUAAAUGGGAAAAUCAUGAAUGGUCUACUUGCCCAAGCCUUUCCUUCAACCUCUAAAUCUGACCCCCUAGAAGCUGGGAUCUGCUUAAGAAAAAACCCAGAAAUAUGUUUUUAUACACAAGGAAAGCCUAUAUAACCUAGCUUCAACUUCUACAUAGAAGCCUCGUUAUAGAAACUAUCUUAUGAAGGUAUUUUGUCUUAAUCUAUCUUUUUGAUUUACAUAGAUUUUGUAAAUCAUUUAAAAAAUUCCUAGUUUAGGAAUUACUUCCAUUACUUAAUUAAAAAAACCAAUUACUUCCUUCAAUCCUGAAGCUACUUUUCCUUUCUAUGGGACUUGUAUCUGAGAUUUUGUGUAUUAAAUUAUGUUCUUAAUUAAUCACCUUUACCUUUGCCAGAAUGACAUAAUAGGUGUGUUUCCUUGUAAGCUAAACAUAUUUCCAUUGACCUCUUGCUUAAAAAAUUACAUCCAAGAAGUUCUUAACCUUGGGAAAGAAAGAGCUUAAACUUCA